CUAAAUUUCAAGGGUAAAAAAUAGAAUUAUACCCAAAAUCAGUGUAAAGGGGCUUCAUAUUACUCACGGGCGGGCCCACACGAAAAGAACUAACUACGAUGAACAAAGCCGUUAAUACUUAAUACAUAAGAAUUAAGAACCAUAAUUCGACUGAAAUUUUUCAAAUCCGAAACAAGCCCGCCAAUUUCAAAUAAAAAAAAUGCUUUCAAAAACUGUGGAGGCAUCAUUUCCUUCAAACCUCGAACGCACCGUCGCCUCCGCCCUGCUCCUCCUAUCAUCUUCUCCUUCCAAAGUGAGAAGCGAUGAUAGCUGCAGUCCGGAAAGCCUCGAGAGUUCUGGAUUUUCCGUUUCGAAAUCGAGCGGCGGAUCGUCGAUCGCGGAGGUGACUAUUGAUGAUGAAUCGCCGUGCGCUAAGCAGCUGACGGUGGUCGCGUUUGUUCCUGAAUUUCACGAGCUGAAGCUCAAGAUAGUGCGAAAGAAACGCUCGAAAAGUAUCUGGAUCUCGAGUAGCAAGAAACCGAAAACCAGCAAGCCAGAACCCACUACUUCCGCUCUAUCAUCUUCAUCAUCCGACAGUGUUUCGGAAAUAACCACCACAGGGGCUUCGUCUUGCUUGUCCAGCAGCUCCAGUGCCCAAAGCUACAGCAGUGAAACCAGUGCUGCAGAUAAGCUGAGUAAGGCAGCCAUACCUGGUCACAUGGGCCACAGAGCUACAGCCAUUCUCAAAAUUCUAUCUAAUGGAACCGCUUCCGAAGUGAAGAUUCGUCACUUGCUCGGUGACAGCCCUUCCACUAGCAAAGCCUUGAGAAUGUUGCUAAAGUCGCAUGAGGUGAAGAGAUUCGGUGCUGGAGGGCGUACCGAUCCUUAUAUUUACAUGGUAAUAAUGCUAAACCAUAAAUUUGAUUCACCGAGCAUGAUACGAACAUUACACAGACCUGCAAAUUGUAAUAUGGCUCUGAAGUCUAUAUUCAUAUUAUGAAGUACUUGUGAGCUGAUAUAAGUAAUGAUUUGAUUUGCCUUGUUUUGAUUUUGCAGAGAGCAUCUUAACUUACACGUACCGAGUUAUAUGUUCAGUCCCAGGAUAAGGAGAAGGGAACCACUUGGGUCGGAUUAUUAUUACCAAAAGGUUAGUGCAUAAAAUACGAAUAUUUCCAUAUAUAGUUAUACAUGUAUAUCAUUCUUGUGAUGGUGUUAUAUAUCGAAGUAAAUAAUUUGUAGUCGGGACAUUUUUCUUUACUCGUAACGGUGGACUUGAAAUUCUGA